AUGGUGACAUCCAGCUAUGACUGUCCAGACCUGAUCCGACACAUUCUGGACCCUCUGGACCCUCUGGUUCCUGGUCUUGGACCCUCUGGUUCCUGGUCUUGGACCCUCUGGACCCUGUGGUUGUGGAUCCUGGUCCUGCUGAGGAUGUGGAGCUCCUUGGUGUCCAGCAAGGGGCAGCAGAGCAGCUCAGCAGCAGAAGGAGAGAGGAGGAUGCCCCACCUGAAAAACCCCGUCAAGGCCUGGAGGAAUCGCAGGCAGCAGAACCACACCGACACUGCAGAGUCGGAAUGUGAGGAGGAUCUAGAGCAGCUGGAGGAGCAGCUGGAGGAGGUCAGCAGGACGCUGAUCUUCAGGGAGGAGCAGCUGUUCUCUCAGGACUCCCCCAGCGAGGAGGACCAGGACCAGCUGCACACGGACCUCGAGGCUCUGACCCUGCAGCUUUGGACCGCUGUCGACAACACUUUCACCUCCUCCUGCUCCUCCUCCCCAGACCACCUGGAGGUCCUGAAGAGUGCUGUGGCCUCCAUCCAGCAGCAGGAGGAGCAGGACCGGCGGUGGACCGACUGUCCUGAGGAGCGCGUCCCGCCGUGGCGUCCUCAGAAGUGUCUCAGCAAACAUAACACUCUGCUGCAGAACCUGGUGGAGACCAGACUGACUCAUGCCGCCCAGAACCAGGACAGCAGCACCGACGGCCUAUCCUCCUCUCUGAAGAGACAGGUGUGUGGUAUGGGGAGGCGUGUGAAGGAGGACCUGCUGGUGGUGGUCCGGGCGGUCCAGGACUGUUACCCUCCUCAGAUGGACAUCCUGAACCUUUACUCCGGACUCUUCCAUCGGAGCUUCUCGGCCCGGCUGACUGAACUCGCUGCUGCCGGACCCGAACCAGAACCAGAACUAGAACCAGACGACCGCAGCUACCUGCUGUUUUGGAUCAACCACUGCUAUCCACAUGAAAUAUUAAACCACGAAGAGCUGAAAGGAAAGAUAAAGACCGCCUGUCUGGGUUCUCUGCUGCUGCAGGACCAUCUGGACCGACUGGAGGACCAGUACCUCAACCACCAAGAGGACAAAUUGAAGCUGUGGCUGAACGCAGCUCUGAGGAAAGAAGAGGAGAGCUGGCUGAGCGGCCAGAACCCAGAACUCCUGGACCGGUACCGCUUCAGCCCGCUGGCCGUCGACAUCAUACAGGUGAUUGACAGCUCCCUGUCGGAGGUCAGCCAUGUGAUCAGAGACCAGAGCAAAGGGCACAACAGGGUCACAGCUCACCUGGACAGCUUCCUCAGCAGCUAUGAGAAGUGUGUGGAGGAGUUUAUGAAGGGAAACCACGGUAACGCCCGCUCAGUGAUCAAAGCUCAGCUUGUUUGUGAGCAGCAGCUCAGGGAUUACAUCACAGCUCAGACAGGAAGUUUGUCUGAGCCCCAGAGACAGCGCUGCGUGGAUGCUCUGUCGGCCCUGAAGGAUUGUGGGUACAGGUGUCUCACCUGUCCACCCCAGCUGAAGGUGGGUCUGGCACAGCUGUGGGCGCCGGGCUGGGUGGACGGGUCACUUCCUGUCGUGGACUCGCUGCUGGACUCUCUGGACCGCCAGCUGAGCGACCUGUCGGACCUGAAGCCCACCUGCAGACAGUCCGUGCUGUCAGUCCUCCAGGAGGACCUGGUCCUGCAGUAUGUGAAGAGGACUCUGAGGACCAGGACCAGGAGCAGAGAGCAGCAGGUGGGCGGGGCUCAGAGGAUGACUGAAGACGCUCGUAAGAUCAGCGACUUCUUCCAGCAGGAGGGCGGUGGCACUCCGUGGCUCGGCGAGAUGCUCUGCAGCGUUGCUGAGGUUCUCCGUCUGCAGGACCCAGGAAGUGUUCAGCUGGAGGUCGUCAGUCUGGCAAGGAGGUUCCCCGACCUUAGCAGCGCUCACGUGGCGGCACUGCUGUCUCUGAAGGCGGGGCUCUCGGCGGCAGACAUUCGCUCCAUCAGGCGCAGCGUGGAGGAGAACCGCCCCCUGGGCGCCUCCACCAAUCAGAGCCCUCCAUUCUUCUCCAGGGUCAAAGUGAAAUGGAUCAAUAAGAUCAACAAGAUGUUAGCCUGAUAGAGUGUUAGCCUUUUACCCUGUUAGCAUGUUAGAAUGUUAGCAUGUUAACCUGUUAGUCUGUUAGCCUGUUAGCUUGUUUUAUUAUUAGGGCCUCGGGGCAAUCGCACCGAGCACUGGUCCCAUACAGCAGUAUACUGUUAUACUGUGGAUUUCUUCUUAUUCCUCUUGCGGACGCAAUUUCGUCCCGCAACUUAUAUAUAAAAAUGUGCGGUUUGAUUGGGAUCGGUGUGCUAUUACUUUUCUCUAUGGAAUGCGAAUUUUUCGCGACGUCGCAUCGCGAAGUCGCAAAAUUUUGCAUUGAAAUGAAUGGGACGGCCGAAAGAAAAUCAGCAAAAAAGAACAUUAAUUGAAGAUUUUCAGACGUCUACUUCUCCGGCAUAAUUUCACCUAGAGACUCCAUUUAAACUUUAAACAGUAGACACAAGUCUUGUGUAUUGGUGUAUUAAUUUGCAUUUCAAUAGGUCAUAUAGUUUUUUAUCAAUCCCUGUUCAAUGACCAUGAUCAUUUUUGGAGAAAUUCUGAGAUUAUAAUGGUUGUGUAUUGCACGGAAUGUUCGUGUCAGAGUGUGUGAUGUCAUCGCUCAGAGUGUAGAGGGAGAGGUAAAACUGUCAAAAAAUAAAUUUGAAAACUGCGCUCCAGGCCGCAAAUUCCACUCUACAGAAAUCAUUUAUACAUAGAAAUGUAGGAACAUUUGUCUUCUCACUCACAAUCCUCUGGUAAAGCUGUCAGAGUUAUAGUUUGGGCGUACGACGCAAAGAUGCGCCACCAAAACCACCAACAGCCUCAUUGGGUCCCAUAUUAAAAACGCAGGAAGA